AUGGUAAAUACUGAAGAUGGAACAACCAUAAAUUAUCGGAAGAACCCAUUUCAAUUACUCUUUGAGCAGCCUAAAGCUGUCCGCAGUAAUCCCCAGAAUUCUUCAAUCAACUAUGAAGACGUUACUGAAUCGCUCCUUGAAAUCAAAGACGAUAACAAGAAUCUUUCAACUGCACUGCUAAAUGCGAACCGCGGAGAUUUCAAACUUAAAAUAUCAGUCCCACCAAACAAACAUUCUGGCAAACUUGACGGCCAAGCAGUUAUUUCCGAUGCUGAGGGAAACUUGAUCACAAUUUUGGCGGAAAAUUUCUCGAUCGCGAAGAUCCCAGGGAGAAAAUCGCCUGUACAAGUUGGUGUCGACAUAGAAUACAAAUCUUAUGAAAAAUAUCUGGCUCCAGGAAGAUUUAUUCGUCUGGCUUUUCGAUACAGCACCAGUAAAGAAUCGAGACUUGGCUUUGUCUCACUUCCAAUAACCGACCCUCGACCAAAGGAGCUUAAAAGAUAUUUUACUGGUGCCAUGAUGUCUUCUGAUGGUUCGCCAUUAGAAAUUGUUCUCGAUCCUCGAAAUAUUCAUCAGCGAAUUCUAAAACCAAAAGAAAACAUAAUCAACUUCCAAGUUCCUUUUGAUGAUAAAGAAAUAAUCUUCAAUAAGCUUGAGGACGAGAAUCUGACUAGAGUUAGCUCCUUAGAUCUGUCAACAAUAAAAUUCCCAGACAGAAAACCGACUCGACCAGUGACAGUCUCCUGUCAACUGAGCCAAAGUAUCUCAAAAAGCAUCACUCGUCCGAACUGGCCACUCCCGCCGCCUCAGAAAAAGCUUCAUCAAAAAGCGGAUUCAAUCUCUUCAGAAAUCAGCUCAGCAGCUUCGCUCAGCUCAAUUACUUCUGAACUCACAUCGACAAUGACGGAAGAUACUGCUUCAACGAUAACGAUGCCGUCCAAAUUGUCGACAUUCUCAAGCCACUCUUCUGUGACGCAAAAAGUCAAAAAACAAUCAACCCUUACUGAAGCAUCAGUCAAUACAAUCAAAAAGCAGCCGAAUCCGUACCAAUUCAAGCAGCAACAAAAGCAAAUUCCUGCAAAACAACAACUAAAACCUGUGACAUACGACAUCAUGAUCGUUCCUCAUCGACACUUCCAGGACGAAGCGGAUUCGGCCCUCUCUUCUGGCGAUCUGAGGCUUAUAAUCUCAGGCACAAACGGGAGAAAAUCAAACGAGUUGGUUGUCAAAAACAGGACAUGCUCUCUAAAAGAUACUGACGCAAUAGGAAAGCCAAAAGAAGUCGUGAUAAAACAUUCAAACUCAGACAGAGUCUGGCUUUUGGACUACGUCUGCAUCAAGAGCAAUCAAUAUGGAAGGCAAUUAUUUCCGUUCAAUGACUGGUUUGACCAGUACUCUUACAAGCUUCAAACUCGAGAGAAGACUCGGUUUCAUGUCGUCCUCAGCACCGGAAAGAAAGGAAUGGAAUUGCUAAGGGAAGAUGUUCAGAUAAUCAUAUCAGGACGCUCUCGAAAAAGCAAUCGCUGGAAUCUUGGCUAUUCAAAUCCACAUCCCCAAGCCUCUCAACGGUUCAAUGCCUAUGAAACGGACAUUUUUACUUUGACAGAUGAUGAUGUUGGCAAGCCAGAGUCCAUCUUUCUUUGGAUCCCUCAGAAGAAUAAGAAAUGGUCGGUCGAUGCUGCGGAGCUGCGAAUAUUCAGAUCGGCGGAUGCAUGUCUUAGAAAUGUUCCUGAUGAAGUUGUUACCUUCAAAAUUCUCAAGCCCUAUUACAAGAAUGAAUUUACCUUGUACAGUUCCUGA